AAAAUUUUGGUGGCAAAAUAUCUAUAAAUCUUAAAUCCAUUGAAACAAUAUCUAAUGCCAACAAAGGAAAAGAGUUGUCGAGCAAAGAAUUACUCAUGAAGUAUAGAGUCGACUUAACCAAACGGGGCAAUCUCGAAGAUUGCUUCCGACGGCUCGAAGUCGACUUAACCAAACGGGGCAAUCUCGAAGAUUGCUUCGUUCGGGGCAAUCUCGAAGAUUGCUUCCGACGGCUCGAAGUCGACUUAACAACUAACCUCACUGGGGCAUGGCAAUCUCGAAGGUUGCUUUCGUUCAAGGCUCGAA